AUGUCGGAAGAAGUAAAAAAAGCUCCCAAUUUUUCACCACUUGAGUGCACGAUUUGCUGCAAUGACUUUGACGAUAAAAUCGCGGAUUUGACACCUCGAAUCCUGACUGCCUGUGGGCACACAAUUUGCGAAAAAUGUGCUAGCAAACUUUUGAAGGAAUCGAAAAUCGUUUGUCCGUAUGACAGGAAGGUCACUUCUUUGAGUAGUAAAAAUAUAACAAGCCUGCUAAAAAAUGAAAGUCUGAUCGCAGUGAUACAACAGCACAAAGCUGAAAAUGCAAAAGCUCAGCAGAAAAGUGAUGCAAUAGAAAAGGAAAACAGUACAAAUAACGAGAAUGCAUGCAUUGAAAAUUCUAAACAUGAGGCGGCUCUUUAUUGCAAACAAUGUGAGGCGGAGUUUUGCGAAAGUUGUUUCUUGGAAGUUCAUAAAUCUAAAAUAAUGUCGGUACACUCAAAGCUUCCACUCAAAGAUAAGCCAUUCAAAUUGCCAAAAUGUACCAAACACCCGAACAACACAGCAGGGUUCUUCUGCAAGGACCCGAACUGUAAAAUGGACGAGAAAAAAAUGUGUCACUCUUGCUUGUUAACUGGUGAGCACAAAUCUCAUGAAUACGAAUUGUUGGUUGAUCAAGUCUCAAUGGAUGUGAAAAAACUGAAAAACAUGAGUGAUCGUUUAAAGGAUUCUGUCAAGAAACAUAACACCUACUUGGAGAAAUUUGAAGCAUGUAUCAAAACCUUCGAUGACACAAAUCCGUCAUACUUGAACUUGGUGAAUAAUAUUACGGAGCAAUUUGAAAACAAGAAAGUGGAAGCAUUGAAGAAUCUGAAGAAGUUUGUGUUCGAUUCAAGGGCUCGUCUCCGCGCGGGGAGAAAUGAAGCUAGAAAAAACCUUUAUGCUUCUCUAAAGAAUUUAGCAAGAAUCAUGGACAGAUUGGAAAUUAAACAUGACUUGUGUAAUGACGUGAAUAUUGUUCCCAUCGGAAAACCGCCUCUCCAUUUUUUGUAUCUGCAAAACGGAAAUAUACGUAAGAAAUUUGACGAAUAUGACUACUCACUGACGGAGAAAAUGAUCUUGGAAAUAAAAGAAAAAUAA